UAAACGGAAGGAGGUAGAGCGUGCGCCAACACCGACACUGCGCUCAUUAAGUGGCGCGGCGCAGUACAAGCAGUAGCAGAUAUAGGAAGGAUAAACCAAAUACAGCCUUAGAAGAAUCAACAUAAAACAGAAUACUUUAUAUCGAUCUGCGAUCAAUCAAUCUCCAAACUGCGCACCGAUACCGAUUGGAGAGAAGAACAAAAACAAACACGGCACACCAAGAAGCAGAGUGUGUUAACAUUUUCACCAUCAGAAUAUUCAUCGAAGAAUCUCACAUCUAAAUCCAGUGGAAGGUUGAAACGCACACCGGAUCGUCGAGAGCUAAUCGAACAAAUAAUUUCCUAUACCAAAUCUGAGCAUAACUCUCCAGUCGUGUUUUGUCAUAAUUAUUUUGCGCUUGUGUGUGUGUGUGUGUGUUAAAGUGUGUCUAAUAUCGUCCGUAGACAGUUAAGAGAAGGACAGUAGUAAACUAUUACGUUCAUUACGUUCAUUCAUUACCAUCGCCAUCAACGUCACCACAAACCUACCAGUCUGUAUAUCACUAUAAUACGCAAACGGCGAAUAGAAAAGACACUGCAAGCAACAAGAAAACGCACGUUACCAGCCACGUAACCGUCACUAUAACCGAUCAAUCAAUCGAGAGCUGAAAACACACCAAUAGAGUCAACUGUCGCCAACACAAGCACUAAAUAGCUGACAAAUUUCUGCAUCUAACAGUGUUCACUCAGCCAAAACGGUGAGCGAGUUAGUGUGAGGGGAAGUUUGGAGCAACCUUUAACGGCAGCGGAACAGUUUUUGGAAUUGGGUGUAAUCGUACGGACAAAAUCGAUUACCAGAUGGCAAACAAAGCGGCAUUUGUGGGCGUUCCCAAGCGUGCUUCCUGCAACCGUUGUAGUAAUCCAAUCUUUCUGGCAGAACGUAUCAGCUUCGGCGAGAAAAGUUACCAUCGAUCGUGUCUCAAGUGUGCCCGCUGCGGUACGCAACUGACCGUGGGAAGCUUUUACGAAACGGAAACGGAUGGCGAGUACUGCUGCGAAACCUGCCCGGAUGAGGAGAUCCAGUUGGAGCAGCGUCGCGAAUCGUCCGCUUCGCCCGACGGCAGUUCCGCGAACGUCACCGGCGAUGGCACACCGGUUGCUGCUGCUGCUGCAUCCAUUGGUUUACCCAAGAACGUACGCAGUAGCAAGCUGCUCGAUCGGAUAUCGUUCUUUGAGUCGGCACCGUUGAGCGACGAGGAGAAAUCGUCCAAUCUAGAGCGCAAGGCACGGAUGAGCCAUUUUCUGAAGGAAUCGCUCAAAACGGUAGAGCAGGACAAUGAUGAACCUCCCGAUUUACCACUUACGGGGCCACCAAGUUCGGUAACGAAUGACAGCUUGAACGGGAAAGAAGAGGAAGACACGGACGACUCGGAUUCGGAUAAUGUGGAUGAUGUGGAAGAUGAGUUCGAAAAAUUGGUACAGGAUCUCGAUGAACCGGACCUAGAUAUAAGUAAACCUCCGCUAGCAGAUCCGAAGAGUCCACCGCGUGCUGAUGCAAUUGCUUCGGAAUCUGAAACCACAGCACAGACAGAUACCAUCAAGCCUAAUGAACAAGAACAGCAAAAAGUUGCUGAAGUAGUACUGCAAACGGAGGUCGUGGUAGAAGAAUCUGUGUUGGAAACAAAUUCUUUGGAGGUUCAAGAUAAAUCUGAAAUAGCAACACCGGUGAAGGUAGAGGACGAUUCGGAAUUGACGAACAAUCUUCCUGUAGAGGCAACUGUCGAGGCAAAGGAAAUUAAUCCGCUAGCUCCACCGGUUACGGAACAAACCACCACGAUGACCGAAAGCAGUGAUUUGACAUCCGAACAUACCAUAAAGGACGUUGUUGAGGACAAGCGAACCGAGACGAAAGAACAGCCAUCAACUGAGAUCUCAAACGAUGAUACCCCUGCUGCAGAAGUUGGAGUGAUAGUAGAAAAUGGGUCGGUGGCAUCAGUUCCUGUAUCGGAAUCUACUACCGAGCAUUUGGAUGUGCCUAACGAAAACGAAAGUACUGAAUCGCUAGCUACACCCUCAGAAGAAUCGAAGAAUGCAACAGAAAGUACUGAAAGGAGCAAUUCGAUGGUGCCUAAUGAAACCGUGGAAAGUGCGGUUUCUGAAUCUAAAGUGCCUGUGUCAGUGAACGAAGAAGAGUCCACCAUACCUACCGAUACACCCGAAGCAUGCAAUAAGGUUGAUAAUGAUGAAGGUUUACCUGCUGUCAGCACGCAAGAAGAUGGAAAUGAGCAAGAGCAGUAUCCGUCCGAUCUCAAUCCUUUCGGUGACGAGGACGACGGAGAGGGAAGGGAACAAAUCGUAGAGCUACGAAAAGUUCCAGCGGGCGGCAAGCCCGUUCCGACCUUGCGGCGCGUCAGCACAAAUCCUUUCGGCAGCGAAGACGAAGACGAGGACGUCCAACAGUCUCCGUCAUCGAAACCUCCGAGACCGCCACCACCGAAGGUGCUACAGUCGCCAUCCUCUGGUGGUUCAUCGUCGAAACCGGUCCCGGCGAAUCCGUUCGACGAGGACGACGAUGACGAACCGACGGACGAGCCGGAAAUAGUGCCAGUAUCCAAACCUUCCCCCCGCCGAACACCGGUACCGACGCCGAGAAAAGCACAUGCCUACAACGACUCCAUCAGUUCCUUGGACAAUUCUCUAAUGUCUAGUAGUCGGCUAAGCAGCUCGAAUGUGUCACUAACGUCCAGUCUGGAGAGUGGCCCCUCGUCCCUGAUCGUGCCGAAGCGCAAAAAAGGAAAGGCGCCCGACAUUCCACUGGCCGUCUCCGGUGCAUCCACGCCCAUCGUAUCCCAGCAGCAGCAGCAAAUGGGAGUGUCUAGUGCGGUGAGAACAUCGGUGGAAAAUCUUUCCAACAGCAGCGGAAGUGGCACCCUGACAACUCCGCGCAAGAAACGCCUUGCACCGGCCCCUCCCCCAGUACCCAAUUCAUCGUCCACUCCGAAGCAAUCGUCGACUCUGCAGGUUCGGGAGGAGGGUGGUUUAACACGCGUCCCCAGCCAACGUCUGCUUUCCGUGGAUGCGAGUCUGUUAAGCAACAACGAUCGUGACAUGUCCGAAACGAUGAGCCGAGGCACGAGCAACGAAUCCGUCGUGUAUCGUCGAACAAUCGUACCGCUCGUACUGGACGAUGACGGUCCCGAAUCGCCAGUACACCUGGACGGCACCACAAACACCAGCGGGCGACAGUGGGAAAAAAUGAAAGACAACAAGGAGGCACAAAACCGCAACCGGCAAUCGCAAAGUUCACCCACUAGCGAGGCCACCAGCAAUAGCUUCGGUAGUCCGGGGGGAAACCUUUCGAUUCUGUCGAACAAAUCCUCCCAGGGCAAGUGGAAACGGCGCAAGGGUCCGGCCCCGGCACUGCCGAUGAUGGCCGCUCCGCUGCCGGAACGGAAACCGAUCAAAAUGUUACCACUGAAGGAAAUACACCAGGAGCUGCAGAUUAUCGAAACGCAGCAGCAGGGACUGGAAAAGCAGGGCAUUGUGCUGGAGACGAUGAUACGGGAGCGGUGCGAGGGGGUGGAAGCGGAUGUCGAUCUCGAUAUCAGGUUGCAGCCAAACUCGAAGGAGGUGGAAGAUCUGUUGAUGCAGCUAUUCGAACUGGUGAACGAAAAGAACGAACUGUUUCGACGGCAGGCCGAAUUGAUGUACUUACGCCGCAUGCACCGGCUGGAACAGGAGCAGGCAGAUCUGGAGUACGAAAUUCGGCUACUGAUGGCACAGCCGGAAAGGAACAAAACGGACUCGGACAAAGAAAAGGAAGAGGCACUGAUUACGCGCUUAGUGGAGAUCGUUCAGUUGCGAAAUGAAGUCGUUGAAUGUCUCGAGAUGGAUCGAAUUCGUGAAGCGGAAGAAGAUUUGUCGAUUAAACAAAGCAUUGAAGAGCGGGCCGCUAGCCAACAGUCAAAGCACAGUAAGAAAGACUCAUCUGCCAGCUCCACUACACUACCGCUUACUGAUGCAGAAAAGCGCGACUCCUCGACGAAGCUUUCCAAGAAAGAGAAAAAAAAGCUGAAGGAAGCGAAAAAGUUGGUAAAGUCGAAAAAGAUUGACUCGGAAAAGGAUGCCGAUGAGACGGAAAGCAACACAACAAAGGAAAAGAAAAAGAAACGAAAGUUUCUUUUCUAAAAGCCAUCCGUUCGCGUGGGUUGAUAUUUAACGUACACAUUCCCUUAGAUCGCUGAUAGAUCCGCAGAUCCGUCCAACUUGUUCCAACUGCGUUGCUGUAACAGUUAUCAACUCACUUACUAUCAUCUUGUUCUUUGUUGGCGAGCGGUUUCCAGUUCGAUUAUGACCCCCCUACUCAAACGAUCGUAGAAUGAUCUUAUAGGUUUGCCACACCGAUUCAUUAGCGCUACCAUUAGCCUCGUUAGCCAGAUUAGACAGUGUUUCUUUUGUUUGAUUGCAUCGGUUUAGCAGUGGUUGCACGCACUUUACCAAACGUGCGUGUCCCGCUUCAUGAUCGCUGUGUAUCCUCUGCUGUAGAUAUGUCAAUCAUCGCAUUUAGCAUUCUGACGCCUGCUGUAGUAGAUCGGGAACAAUAAUUAUGCGUAAGCUUGCUCUUGCAUCCCGAUUCUGCGGGCCGGUUUUUUGUCAAUUCAACAAACAUUUUUUCGUUCAUUUUCAAUCCAUUUCAUUUGCGCACAUAGUUUUAAAUAGCGUGUUUUUGCUGAUGAUAAUAUUAAUAAUCAUGUUUUACUUCUACCUAUACAUAUAUAGAGCGAGAGAGAAAGAGAAAUAAAACCAUUAUAAUCGCGAGUUAAGUGUGCUUUCUUCUGAAAGUGAAAGUGUGCAUAGUGAAAGGAUAGAUGUGUGUGUGCGAUUUUGCUGCGAUGCGAUGAAGUAUACAUACAUAUAUUCGUCUACUACUAUAAGAAAUAAAAUAUUGGUUGAGCUUACCUUCUGUUGAAGCUAGA